UAUGAACAUGUAAUUUGAGUAACAAAGAGUAGCUUCUGUAGUAAAAAGAAAUUUACAAAAAUUCAAAAUACUAGCUGGUGAUAAAGAAAAGAAAUUUAAUGAUCUCUUAACUCCAUUCACAAAACUUGAUACCUUUAUAGAUGCUAAAUCAAUACUUAAAUAAAUAGUAAAGCCAUCUAAUAAAUUAUUGGAUCCCCUAAUACCUAAUGAAAUACAAAUAUAAUAAUAGUAGAGAAACACUUUUGUUAAUGGAGAUUAUAACUCUGAUAAUUUUUAUGAGGAUGUUGAUUAGUUGAUAAAUCAUUUAGAAAAAGAAUAAUCAGAAAUGAUAACAGUUGGAAAUAAGAAAAUAAGUAAAAGUGAAAUUCUAGAAUUCAAAACAAAACAUCCUAAUUAUGAAUUAGUUAGCAAACAAUUUGCUGAGAAAUCUAAAAGAAUGAUUGCAAAUUUGAAUAGACAAUCAACGAGAAUUUUUAAUAAGAAAUAUUCUUUGAUUCAUCUUUCCCCUAGAUAAUCAAUUAGUAAUCACAAUAUUGCAAUAACAUCUGAAAGAGAUCCUUCAUUAUCAAAAUAUUCUCAUUCUAAAUAAAUUUAGGGGUUAGAGUUGAGAGCUCAUAAAUCUCAAUUCAAAAUAAAAACAGAACCCAAAUCUCAAAGAAACUAUAACUAAAAAAUUUAAUAACUUAUAAAUGAUAUAGAAGGAGUGCAUAAAUAAAUGAUUGAUGAAACAGGUUAAUUACAUAAAAAAACCAGUAGGUUUAUUUUAAACUAAUCUAAAAGUAACUCUAAAAUUUCUUAAUUCGAUUAUCUUGCUUCUGAUACAAAUUUUGCAUUUACAAAAAUAAAGAAAAGAAAAGGUUGA